GGCUCGGCCGGAACUCACCUGCCUAGUCAUGAUGAUGGCCCACUAAACAACAAACUAGCCCUUCUCCCGCUAGUGGUUCAACUCACCCUGUUCAGGUGGAUGUCUCGCACGACGACUGCUCUCAUUCCUCCUCCGCUAUUGGCGUUUCACUGGGUGGAGUUGCUGCGACGACCUACGAUGGGCCUUGUUCUGACAGGGGGCAAAUUCCCUGAGCGAGUUAGGAGCACAACAGCAACAGGCCUACGUAUGGAUUGGGCUUGGAUCUCCCCGCUUCUAGCUGAUCAAUCAUCCAGAAUGAUGUCCAAACGCCGCCAGAAGCAAGCUGGGCGCCGAUAACCCAUCCAGGAAACCUCUUAGACUCUUUGUCUAUAUUAGUGUUUCAUACUUGUACAGUAUCUCCCGGCAGUUGACUCUAAAUUCCUUCUCC